CCGGCGGUGUUCUUUCGCUGUCUCCGGUGACGCCGUAUUUCUCUAGGGCAGAUCUCCGCCAGCCCGGCCUCAGCUUGCCAUCCUCCGGUGCAGUGCGACCAUCACAGUGCCCGGUAGCAGGCCGAGCCCAGUUCCACGCCGUCCCCAGUUAUUUCCGAACUAGGUGGGGGCCCCGUGGCUCGGUGAAGCGCCCCCUCUUCUCCUCCCUCCCCCUUUACCCCUGCACCGAUUCCGUCCGUAGAGGGGCCCCUUCCCGGAGCAAAUAUUCCGGAGAAAAAGAGACUCCCGGAGCGGACAGCAGCGGAGAUGGAGGCGGUGGGGCCCGGCCCUCCACCGACCAAUCUCUUCCAACCUCCGCGGCGUCCUGGCUUGGGAACUCUUGGAAAGCCAAUUCGGCUUUUAGCCAACCACUUUCAGGUUCAGAUCCCGAAGAUUGAUGUCUACCACUACGAUGUGGACAUCAAGCCUGAAAAGAGGCCCAGAAGAGUCAACCGGGAAGUGGUUGACACAAUGGUUCGUCAUUUCAAGAUGCAGAUAUUUGGAGAUCGUCAGCCAGGGUACGAUGGCAAAAGGAAUAUGUAUACUGCACACCCACUUCCAAUUGGGAGAGACAGAGUUGACUUGGAAGUGACCCUUCCUGGUGAGGGCAAGGACCAGACGUUCAAAGUGACAAUUCAAUGGGUGUCUGUAGUCAGUCUCCAGCUCCUCUUAGAGGCUUUGUCUGGUCAUCUUAGUGAGGUCCCAGAGGAUUCUGUGCAGGCCCUAGAUGUCAUCACUCGUCACCUCCCAUCAAUGAGGUAUACUCCAGUUGGACGCUCGUUCUUCUCCCCACCUGAGGGUUACUACCAUCCGUUGGGUGGGGGGCGUGAAGUCUGGUUUGGGUUCCAUCAGUCAGUACGUCCAGCCAUGUGGAAUAUGAUGCUGAAUAUUGAUGUUUCAGCAACAGCUUUUUACAGAGCACAACCAGUUAUUGAGUUCAUGUGUGAGGUUCUUGAUGUUCAGAAUAUAAAUGAGCAAACGAAGUCUCUGACAGAUUCCCAACGCGUUAAGUUUACGAAAGAAAUAAGAGGUCUGAAGGUUGAAGUCACUCAUUGCGGCCAGAUGAAGAGGAAAUAUAGAGUGUGCAAUGUAACAAGGAGGCCAGCAAGCCAUCAGACAUUUCCCCUGCAGUUGGAGAACGGCCAAGCCAUGGAGUGCACAGUUGCUCAGUACUUUAAGCAGAAAUACGCCUUACAACUAAAAUACCCACACCUUCCUUGCCUGCAAGUGGGACAGGAACAGAAACACACAUAUUUACCCCUUGAGGUCUGUAACAUUGUGGCCGGCCAGCGAUGCAUCAAGAAGCUGACUGACAAUCAGACAUCCACCAUGAUCAAGGCUACAGCCAGGUCUGCUCCAGACAGGCAGGAGGAGAUCAGCCGGCUGGUAAAGAGUAACAGCAUGGUUGGAGGACCAGACCCAUACCUGAAGGAAUUUGGUAUUGUUGUCCAUAAUGAAAUGACUGAGCUUACAGGCCGGGUGUUACCAGCACCAAUGCUGCAGUAUGGAGGCAGGAAUAAAACUGUUGCCACUCCAAACCAAGGUGUGUGGGACAUGCGAGGGAAGCAGUUCUAUGCUGGCAUUGAGAUCAAGGUUUGGGCUGUCGCUUGCUUUGCUCCCCAGAAGCAGUGCCGAGAAGACCUAUUGAAGAGUUUCACUGACCAGCUGCGCAAAAUAUCAAAGGAUGCAGGGAUGCCCAUCCAAGGCCAGCCAUGUUUUUGUAAAUAUGCACAAGGAGCAGACAGUGUGGAACCUAUGUUCAAACAUCUAAAGCUAACCUAUGUGGGUCUGCAGCUCAUUGUAGUGAUCCUACCUGGAAAGACACCAGUCUAUGCGGAGGUGAAAAGGGUGGGGGACACUCUUCUUGGAAUGGCCACCCAGUGUGUGCAAGUGAAAAAUGUAGUGAAGACUUCACCACAAACACUGUCCAACCUCUGCCUGAAGAUCAAUGCAAAGCUGGGUGGUAUUAAUAAUGUGUUGGUCCCUCAUCAAAGGCCCUCUGUGUUCCAACAACCCGUUAUAUUCCUGGGUGCAGAUGUCACUCACCCCCCAGCUGGAGAUGGCAAGAAGCCUUCUAUUGCUGCUGUGGUAGGCAGCAUGGAUGGACAUCCCAGCCGAUACUGUGCCACUGUUCGUGUUCAGACAUCCCGCCAGGAGACUACACAAGAACUUCUGUACAGUCAAGAAGUCAUUCAAGAUCUGAGCAACAUGGUGCGCGAACUCCUAAUCCAAUUCUACAAAUCAACGCGCUUUAAACCCACCCGUAUCAUCUACUACAGAGGAGGAGUGUCUGAAGGCCAAAUGAAACAAGUUGCAUGGCCUGAGCUUAUGGCUAUAAGGAAGGCCUGCAUUAGUCUGGAAGAAGAUUACAGACCUGGCAUAACCUACAUUGUUGUUCAGAAGAGGCAUCAUACCAGGCUUUUCUGUGCAGACAAAUCCGAGAGGGUUGGGAAAAGUGGAAAUGUGCCAGCAGGAACUACAGUGGACAGCACUAUAACACACCCAUCAGAAUUUGACUUUUAUCUUUGUAGCCAUGCAGGUAUUCAGGGAACCAGCCGGCCCUCUCACUAUCAAGUUCUUUGGGAUGACAACUGUUUUACAGCGGAUGAGCUCCAGCUGUUGACCUAUCAACUUUGCCACACCUAUGUGCGCUGCACGCGUUCAGUCUCCAUCCCAGCACCUGCAUACUAUGCUCGCCUGGUAGCUUUCAGAGCACGGUACCAUCUUGUGGAUAAAGAUCACGACAGUGCUGAGGGAAGCCAUGUUUCUGGUCAGAGCAAUGGUCGUGACCCCCAAGCUCUGGCUAAAGCUGUUCAGAUUCAUCAUGACACCCAACACACCAUGUACUUUGCCUGACAGAGUGAUGUGACAACACACCAACUAUAAUCUUUCUCCUCAGAACCCGGAAACCAGUGAAUCUUUCUGCUAUUGUAAGAGCCAACUUCUGUCUCUCAGCUUCCCACCAGCACACUUUGGACUUUGCACUGAAUAUCUUCACGGUUUGAGUCUAGAAGAAAGAUGUUUUAUGUUUUAAUUUUUGGGGGGCUUUUUUUUUUUUAAUUAUUUUUUUU